AAUUAAGUCACAUCUGUUAAGGUAAUGUAAAAAAUGUCACUGAUGACAGAGUGUUUGAUUCUUGAUUCAAGGUCAAUCCUGCAACACAGACCAGUAAUAAAACCCUUCUGUAAGAAAUAUGACCAGUCUAUGAAUCAACCACAACACAACACGUAUCCUGGAGUGAGGCAAGAAGUCCCCGACACGUUGAGAUCAAAUCUGCAGCAGAAGUUUGAGCGUCUGUAUGAGGGAACAGCGAUGCAGAGAAACUCAACACUCCUGAAUGAGAUCUACACAGAGCUCUACAUCACAGAGAGUGAGAGUGGAGAGAUCAGUAAUGAGCAUGAGGUGAGACAGAUUGAGACACAAUCCAGGAGAGAAGCAACUGAGGACACAGCCAUCAAAUGCAGUGACAUCUUUAGACCUUUACCUGGACAAGACAAAGCCAUCAGAACUGUGCUGACAAAGGGAGUCGCUGGCAUUGGAAAAACAGUCUCUGUGCAGAAGUUGAUCCUGGACUGGGCUGAAGGGAAAGAGAAUCAGGACAUCCAGAUCAUAUUUCCACUUCCUUUCAGAGAAAUCAAUCUGAUGAAGGACAAAACACUCAGUCUUUCAGAUCUUCUUCAUGUGUUUUUCCCUGAAACUAAAGAAAUGGAAAUAUCCAGUGAUGAAUAUAAAGUGUUGUUCAUCUUUGAUGGUCUGGAUGAGUGUCGUCUGUCUCUGGACUUUAAGAGUAAAGUGAAACUGUGUAAUAUAUCUGAAUCAGCCUCAGUGGACGAGCUGCUGAUGAACCUCAUUGUGGGGAAUCUGCUUCCCUCUGCUCUCAUCUGGAUCACCUCCAGACCAGCAGCAGCUGAUCUCAUCCCCUCUGAGUGUGUCCAUCGAGUGACAGAGGUACGAGGCUUCAAUCAGCCACAGAAGGAAGAAUACUUCAGGAAGAGAAUCAGUGAUCAGAGUCUGGCCGACAGGAUCAUCUCACACCUGAAGUCAUCAAGGAGUCUCUACAUCAUGUGCCACAUCCCAGUGUUCUGCUGGAUCUCGGCCGCUGUUCUGGAGAAGAUGUUGAGUCGAGCAGAGAGUGGAGAGAUUCCCAAGACUCUCACUCAGAUGUACACACACUUCCUGAUCCUUCAGACCGACAUCAAACAUGAGAAGGACUAUGAGAAGAAGGUGAACAAUGAAGACAUGAUCCUCAAACUGGGGAAAGUGGCUUUUGAGCAGCUUGUGAAAGGAAACCUGAUCUUCUAUGAGGAAGACCUGAGAGAGUGUGGCAUUGAUGUGAGAGAAGCAUCAGUGUACUCAGGAUUGUGCACUCAGAUCUUCAGAGAGGAGCUGGGCUUGUAUCAGGGGAUUGUCUUCUGCUUUGUUCAUCUGACCAUUCAGGAACAUCUAGCAGCUCUAUAUGUGCACCUCUCCUGGACAAACCACAACAGAAAUGUGAUUGAGUCCAUCACCAAACAGAGUUUACUGUCUAAAGUGAAGAAACAGUUUAAACUCAGUUCAUCAGAAUAUGUUUCAUUAUCUGAGCUGCAUCAGAGAGCUGUGAAAGAGGCUCUACAGAGUAAAAAUGGACAUUUGGAUCUUUUCCUGCGAUUCCUUCUAGGUUUGUCAGUGGAGUCUCAUCAGAUUCUCCUUCAACGAAUAAUGAAGCUAAAAAGAAGCAGCUCUAACAGCAAUGAGGAAACAGUCGAGUACAUCAAGAAGAAGAUCAGGACCAUUGAGUCUCCAGAGAAAUCCAUCAAUCUGUUCCACUGUCUGAAUGAACUGGGUGAUCGUUCACUAGUGGAGGAAAUACAACAGUUUCUGAAAUCUGGAAAUUUAAGUGAAGCCAAAUUCUCUUCAUCUCAGUGGUCAGCUUUAGUUUUUGUGUUGUUGACAUCAGAAGAGGAACUGAAUCAGUUUCAUCUUGAUAAAUUUGUUAAAGAAAAGAAUAAUCCUGAAAAUAUGAAAGUUCUUCAGAAGUUGCUGACUGUGAUUAAAGAAUCCAGAUCAGUUCAGUUGAGAGAUUGUGGUGUCACAGAUGAAGGUUGUGCUGCUCUGGCUUCAGCUCUGAGAUCAAACCCCUCACACCUCAGAGAACUGGAUCUCUCUCUGAAUAAACUAAGAGAUUCUAGUAUGAAGCUGCUCUCUGCUGUACUGGAGGAUCAUCACUGUAAACUGGAGAAACUGUGGUUGAGUGAUUGUGGUGUCACAGAUGAAGGUUGUGCUGCUCUGACUUCAGCUCUGAGAUCAAACCCCUCACACCUCAGAGAACUGGAUCUGUCUGGGAAUAAAAUAAGCGAUUCAGUGAAGCUGCUUUCUGAUGUACUACAGGAUCCUCACUGUAAACUGGAGAAACUGUGGUUGAGUGAUUGUGGCAUCACAGAUGAAGGUUGUGCUGCUCUGACUUCAGCUCUGAGAUCAAACCCCUCACACCUGAGAGAACUGGAUCUGUCGUUGAACAAACUAAGAUAUUCAGUAAAGCUGCUUUCUGAUGUACUACAGGAUCCUCGCUGUGAACUGGAGAAACUGAGGUUGAGUUAUUGUGGCGUCACAGAUGAAGGUUGUUCUGCUCUGACUUCAGCUCUGAGAUCAAACCCCUCACACCUGAGAGAUCUGGAUCUGUCUGAUAAUAUACUAAGAGAUACAGUGAAGCUGCUUUCUGAUGUACUACAGGAUCCUCACUGUAAACUGGAGAAACUGAGGUUGAGAGAUUGUGGCAUCACAGAUGAAGGUUGUGCUGCUCUGACUUCAGCUCUGAGAUCAAACCCCUCACACCUGAGAGAACUGGAUCUGUCUCUGAAUAAACUAAGAGAUUCAGUGAAGCUGCUUUCUGAUGUACUACAGGAUCCUCGCUGUAAACUGGAGAAACUGUGGUUGAGUAAUUGUGGUGUCACAGAUGAAGGUUGUGCUGCUCUGACUUCAGCUCUGAGAUCAAACCCCUCACACCUGAGAGAACUGAGUCUGUCUGAGAAUAAACUAGGAGAUUCAGUGAAGCUGCUUUUUGAUGUACUACGGGAUCCUCGCUGUAAACUGGAGAAACUGUGGUUGAGAGAUUGUGGUGUCACAGAUGAAGGUUGUGCUGCUCUGGCUUCAGCUCUGAGAUCAAACCCCUCAUACCUGAGAGAACUGUAUCUGUCUGGAAAUUAUCUAGGAGAUUCAGUGAAGCUGCUUUCUGAUGUACUACAGGAUCCACACUGUAAACUGGAGAAACUGUGGAUGAGUGAUUGUGGUGUCACAAAUGAAGGAUGUGCCGCUCUGGCUUCAGCUCUGAGAUCAAACCCCUCACACCUGAGACAACUGAGUCUGUCAUGGAAUAAACUAGAAGAUUCAGUGAAGCUCCUUUCUGAUGUACUACAGAAUCCUCACUGGAAACUGGAGAAAUUGAGGUUGAGUGGUUGUGGCAUCACAGAUGAUGGUUGUGCUGCUCUUGUUUCAGCUCUGAGAUCAAACCCCUCACACCUGAGAGAACUGAAUCUGUCUGGGAAUAAACUAAGAGAUUCAGUGAAACUGCUUUCUGAUUUACUACAGGAUCCUCGCUGUAACCUGGAGACACUGUGGUUGAGAGAUUGUGGCGUCACAGAUGAAGGUUGUGCUGCUCUGACUUCAGCUCUGAGAUCAAACCCCUCACACCUGAGAGAACUGAAUCUGUCCGAGAAUAAUCUAAGAGAUUCAGUGACGCUGCUUUCUGAUGUACUACAGGAUCUUCGCUGUAAACUGGAGAAACUGUGGUUGAGAGAUUGUUGCGUCACAGAUGAAGGUUGUGCUGCUCUGACUUCAGCUCUGAGAUCAAACCCCUCACACCUGAGAGAUAUGAGUCUGUCUAAUAAUAAUCUAAGAGAUUCAGUGAAGCUGCUUUCUGAUGUACUACAGGAUCCUCAGUGUAAACUGGAGAAACUGGAGUUGAGAGAUUGUGGUGUCACAGAUGAAGAUUGUGCAUUUCUGACUUCAGCUCUGAGAUCAAACCCCUCACACCUGAGAGAACUGGAUCUGUCUGGGAAUAAACUAAGAGAUUCAGUGAAGCUGCUUUCUGAUGUACUACAGGAUCCUCGCUGUAAACUGAAGAAACUGUGGUUGAGUAAGUGUGGUGUCACAUAUGAAGGUUGUUCUGCUCUGGCUUCAGCUCUGAGAUCAAACCCCUCACACCUGAGAGAUCUGAAUCUGUCUGAGAAUAAACUAAGAGAUUCAGUGAAGCUGCUUUCUGAUGUACUACAGGAUCCUCGCUGUAAACUGGAGAAACUGUGGUUGAGAGAUUGUGGUGUCACAGAUGAAGAUUGUGCUGCUCUGACUUCAGCUCUGAGAUCAAACCCCUCACACCUGAGAGAACUGGAUCUGUCUGAGAAUAAACUAAGAGAUUCAGUGAAGCUGCUUUCUGAUGUACUACAGGAUCCUCGCUGUAAACUGGAGAAACUGUGGUUGAGUGAUUGUGGUGUCACAGAUGAAGGUUGUUCUGCUCUGACUUCAGCUCUGAGAUCAAACCCCUCACACCUGAGAGAACUGUAUCUGUCUGGGAAUAAACUAAGAGAUUCAGUGAAGCUGCUUUCUGAUGUACUACAGGAUCCUCGCUGUAAACUGGAGAAACUGAGGUUGAGAGAUUGUGGUGUCACAGAUGAAGGUUGUGCUGCUCUGACUUCAGCUCUGAGAUCAAACCCCUCACACCUGAGAGAACUGGAUCUGUCGAGGAAUAAACUAAGAGAUUCAGUGAAGCUGCUUUCUGAUGUACUACAGGAUACUCGCUGUAAACUGAAGAAACUGUGGUUGUGGGAUUGUGGUGUCACAUAUGAAGGUUGUUCUGCUCUGACUUCAGCUCUGAGAUCAAACCCCUCACACCUGAGAGAACUGUAUCUGUCUCUGAAUAAUCUAAGAGAUUCAGUGAAGCUGCUUUCUGAUGUACUACAGGAUCCUCGCUGUAAACUGGAGAAACUGUGGUUGAGAGAUUGUGGUGUCACAGAUGAAGGUUGUUCUGCUCUGGCUUCAGCUCUGAGAUCAAACCCCUCACACCUGAGAGAACUGAAUCUGUCGAGUAAUAAACUAAGAGAUUCUAGUUUGAAGUUACUCUCUGAUCUGAAGAAGGAUCCACGUUAUAAACUGGAGACAUUACUCUAUUGACUCUCAGUGUUUAGACGUCAGUUCAGUUUCCUCAGGAUCAGCUGAUGGUGAAUAAGGAGCCGCUUCAGAGACGUCACAGACACACAAUCAACACAGACUGUGUGAUGGGGACACAAGAAUUUAGAGAUGUUCAUUUUCCUGACUGACUCCUAACACUCGUUAUCUAAUUAUUGACUGUUGACAAAAUUAGAAUGUUACAUUAGAUUUAAAUUAAAUUAUAUAAUAAUCUGUAUGACCAAAACUCAUUUUCACUGUAAUAAGGAAAACGAAAAAUCAAGUGAUUGCACACGGAUCUCAUGGGAAACUUUUGUAUUCGUGCAGAAUGAGAUGUUGAUAUAUUUCUCUUUAAAUACUUUUUAUUUCUAAAUGUUUAUAUGUUGUUUAUAACAAAUAAUUUUAUAGCUGCUUAUAUUUUCUGCUUUGUAUUUUACUCAAAGUAAAUUUGAAUACCGUAAAAUUUAAAGGAUUUGCAGAUGAUUUUUUUUCUCUCAACACAAUUUUGACUGAUAUGUGUACAGCAGAUAUUUUACAUUUAUUUAUUAUCCAUGCAGCAAAUGUUUAAAAAAUAGCUUUGGGGAGAAAAAAAAGUUUUCAUUAUAACCGGUAGCUUAAUGUAAAACAUUGUCAUGAAUUUGCAAACCAAUGUACAACCAGCUGGGAACAAAAGAGCUUGCUGUAAUUGAUUAAUUCAGAUUGCUGUUAGUUCAUGUAUUGCAAAUAAAAAUAAAAUUAAAAAAAGAUAAAUCAA